AUGUUCGUACUCUUAUUAGUUUUCUGUGUACUGCCACAAGUUCCGGGUCUGAAAGUAGUGCAAACCAGUUAUGGUAGAGUGCGAGGAAUCACGGAUUGGUCCGAUGACAAGAACCAUAAGUACAUUUUCAAGAGCGUCCCAUUUGCAAAGCCCCCUCUUGGCAAUUUGAGGUUCGCUCCUCCACAGAAUCCAAAAUCUUGGAGUGGAAUUCUCGAUGCUUCCAAAUAUAGCGCAGCAUGUAUGAGCAAUUCCACUCAAACCAGCACACCACAAUCAUACAUCAGCGAGGACUGUCUGUACAUUAACAUUUUUACCAGUGAAAAGUGUUUGAAGAACAAGUGUCCCGUCAUCGUGUACUUCCACGGAGGAGCGUUUAACUUGGAUUCGGCAACCAUGUUCCCCGACAAAUUCAUUCUUGAUAGAUACGUAACGGAAGAUGUGAUCUUUGCCAUUCCAGCAUUCCGAUUAGGAGUUUUCGGACAACUGUACUUUGGCCCCAGUGCCGUUCUAACGGAAAAUUUGCUGAUGUUUGAUGCUGUCCAAGCAAUCAGUUAUGUUCAUAAUGAAAUUUCAAAUUUUGGAGGAGACGUUAAUCAAGUCACAGUUAUGGGGCACUCGUCUGGUGGGACGUUGGUGGACGCAUUGGGUUUCUCGAAGUUAAUCGAUCCGGAAGUAAAAAUGUUCCAGCAAAUGAUAGUGCUAAGUGCACCUGGAAUGUUUGGAUUCUAUGAUUUGGUUGUGGAGAACUCGUUUGUCUUUGCAGAAAAACUUGGGUGCUACACUGGCGCGAAGGUGGAUCGACCUAACGCAAAUAUUGCUGAAAUAGUAAACUGCCUAAGGAAAAUUGAUGGUCACGAGAUUCUGAGAAUGCAAAGACAAAUGGAAGAAGUGGAUGGAUUGAACUUCAGGAGCAUAAUUAGAGGAGCACCGUUUUUAGAAUUAAAUGGAAAGUUGGCUGAUUUGAAAAGAGAAACUUCUCCAAGAAACCUCGUCUAUGGAACGACGGAACAUGAGUUCCGCACAAUUAAGUAUAGAAAUCCGUACAUUUCUGGUUGCUUCCUAGAUUUUGAGAAUCCAGUGGCCGUUUCGCGUCAUUUUGACGACAUGCUGAUGGAUCAUAUAGACGACUGGAUAAACGGAGACACUGCUGGAAUUUUUGUGUCUGCUGCUACCUAUGCGGCAGCAAUGUCAAAUGCAGGAGCGAACGUUUACUUGUUUGAAACAAGGCAGAAACCAUACAGUUUCCAUGUUUCUGAUAUGCAAUACUUUAUUGGAAUUCAUAGAGAAGUUUGGCAUUUUAAAGAUAUGGAUAUCUUGGACACUUUUUACUCAAAAAUGCUGGUGAACUUUACUAAAACUGGAGUGCCAUCACCGAAAUGGCCAGUUCUUGACCCAACGAAAAUGAACUAUUUGGAACUCAAAGUGGACACAAAGAAUAAGUCUGGUCCCGUAAUGCUUGACGGUUUUCAUGACCAAGAAAUGGAAUUCUGGUUCGGUGAAAUGACAGAGUUUGAUAAGAACGUCACAAAAAUAAGAAAGGCACAAGGUUUGCAACCAGAGAGUCAUGAAGUCAGUUCUCAACUUCAAACGGAAGGAACGCCACAAUCACCAAUUCUGCCGGUCACUAGUGCGUUUGGAGAGAAUACACUUCCUCCGAAAAUCACGACUGUACAAACUGAAAAGGAAUACAAAAAAACCGGUGGAUCAAUUUUGAGUCAAUGGUGGUUCUAUCUGGUUGUCGCUCUCGUUGUAAUGAUUAUUGUUCUAGUAAUAAUUUCUUUAGUUAGAUCAAAACGAGAAGAGGAAACUCCUUUGCUUAGUUUGAAAACUGUGACCACAAGUUAUGGAAAGGUUCGAGGUAUUACAGACUAUACGGGAGGAAGCAACCACAAGUACAGUUUUAAGAGUGUCCCGUUUGCUAAACCUCCAGUGGGUGAUUUAAGUGCCGCAUGCUUGAGUAACUCGUCGUUAACGUCUACGCCACAAAAGUUUAUCAGUGAAGAUUGUCUAUACAUCAAUAUUUUCACUAGCGAAAAUUGCCUGAUAAACAAGUGUCCCGUGAUAGUCUAUUAUCAUGGUGGCUCAUUCAGUUUGGACUCGGCUACAAUGUUUCCAGACAGAUUUAUUUUUGAGCGAUACGUGGAAAACGGAAUAGUUUUUGUGAUACCUGCUUAUCGGUUGGGAGUUUUCGGCCAGUUCUACUUGGGAGACGGAGACAUUGUACCAACUAAUUUGAUAGUGCAUGAUGCUAUUGAAGCAUUGCAUUAUGUUCAUCAAGAAAUCUCAAACUUUGGUGGAGACCAAAAUGAUGUAACUCUCAUGGGACAUUCUUCAGGAGCACAGCUUGUCAAUGCACUUGGAUUCUCACAUUAUGUCGAUCCUGAGCAGAAACUGUUUCAGAAGUUUAUUGUGCUCAGCGCUCAUGAGUUAUACGGAUUUCCAGAAUUCAAAAUAGCAAACUCAUUUGAAGUUGCAAAGCUAUGUUUUUCAGAAAACGAAAAAGAGGUAGUAAACUGUUUGAGGGGAAAGAAUGCUCUUGAUAUAUUACAAGCUCAAAAAUCAAUGGAGGAACAGGAACACCAUUUGUUUCGAAGCCUUAUUCAAGCGCCACCACUGAUGGAUUUUGGAGAAAAACUGGCGGAGGUUAAGAAAAAUGCUCCAAAAGGAAGAAAGAUGCUAUGUGGAGUAACUGAACACGAGUUUGAAAAGUUUCGAUAUACAUAUUUCCGAAUACAAGGGAGAUUCCUAGAUUUUGAGAAUCCAGUAGAAGUUAUUAUGACUUAUCACGACAAUUUUGCUAAUCGAACUGAAAACUUGUUGAACAGUGAUUCAUCAUCAGUUAUUGUAUCUGCUGCAACCUAUUCCAAAGCGCUUAUCAAUGCUGGUGGAGAAGUAUAUCUUUUCGAAACAAGACAAAAGCCAUACAGUAUGCAUGUAUCUGAUAUGCAGUUCAUUAUCGGAAUCCAUCGAGAAAAAACGCAUACAGAGGAUAUGGAUAUUUUGGAUUCAUUCUAUUCAAAAAUGCUUGUGAACUUUACAAAAUACGGAGAACCGUUGCCAAUAUGGGAAAAACUGGAUCCCGGUAGAAUGAAUUUUCUUGCACUAGAAGUAGAUGAAGAGCACGGAAUUUGGCCCAAAAUGGAGGACGGAUUCCACGAGGAGUUGAUAAAUUUCUGGCUAACAGAUAUGAUGGAGUUAGACAGUAAUAUAACACAACAGGUAAUAGGAGAUUUUAUUCUUUCGAAUAAAUAA